AUGGCGCUGAGUAAGGCUGGAGGAAGGGAGGAGCCACUGCUUAUCCUGCUUGGAGAGCACGAACGGACUGGGACUGGGUCACAAUUCACCAGCCACCCAUUGGGCCAGCUUGUGCCUAACAACUACCAGACUGUUCUAGCCUUCAUUUUUACCAUAGAAAAGAUCAACAGGAAUCCUCAUCUUUUACCCAACCUGUCUCUGGGAUAUGAGUCCCAUAAUUUCCUUUACAGUCACUGGAGGAUACCGGAGAGUACCCUCAUUUUACUCACAGGACAGGAUGAAAUCCCAAACUACACCUGUAGAAGAGAGACCAAGUCUCUUGCAGUGGUAACAGGAAUCUCGUGGGGGACAUCUCCUCAAAUUGGACCACUGCUGGAACUCUACAAAUUUCCUCAGGUUACAUAUAGUUGGUUUGAUCCCAUGCUGAGUGACAGUGGCCAGUUUCCUUCUCUCUAUCAGGUGGCCCAAAAGGACACAUCUUUGGCCCUUGGUAUGGUCUCCCUGAUGCUUCAUUUCAGCUGGACCUGGGUAGGACUGGUCAUCACAGAAGGUCCAAAAGGGCUUCAGUUCCUCUUAGAGGUGAGAGCAGAGAUGGACAGGAGCGCAAUCUGUGUAGCGUUUGUGAAAAUGUUCUCAACUCCUCUUGCGGAGACAUUGUCAGUAAACGUGGUUGUCAUUUACUAUGAUACUGAUGGUCUAAAUGAUGUAAUAUAUAACAUAGGACAGUAUGUAGUGACAUGAAAAGUCUGGGUGACAAACUCACAGUGGCAGGCUGAUGUUACUGGAAGAAACUUCAUACUGGGCUCAUUCCAAGGGACCCUCAUCUUUUCAAUACAUCAUGAAGAGGUUUCUGGCUUUAAAAAUUUUAUCCAGGCAGCCAACCCUUCCAAAUACCCAGAAGACACUUACCUUACUAUGUAUUGGUUCCAGAACUUUCAUUGCUCUUUUUCUGACUCUGACUGUGCACUGGAGAACUGUACGCCCAAUGCCUCUUUGGCAUGGCUGCCUGUGAACCAUUUUGACAUGGCCAUGAGCGAUGAGAGUCACAAUGUGUACAAUGCUGUGUUCGCUGUGGCCCACGCCCUCCAUGAGAUGCUUAUUCAACAAGAUCAAAUGCAACCAUCUGGGAGUGGAGAACCGACGGCGUUUUUCUCCUGGCAGCUGCAUCACUUUCUUAAGAAAGUCCACUUUAACAAUCCUGCUGGAGACCAAGUGACUUUGGAUGACAUAACCCAGGAGCAUGCUGAGUACGACAUUCUCAACUUCUGGAACAUUCCAGAAGGCCUUAGACUUAAGGUCAAAGUAGGAACAUUUUCCCCAUGAGCUCCACUUGACCAACAAAUGUCUUUCUCUGAGGAGAUGGUGGAGUGGGCCACAGGGAUUACAGAGACUCCCCACUCUGUAUGCAGUGAGAGUUGCGGUCCUGGGUUUCAGAAAUCUCCUCAGGAGGGAAAACCGACCUGUUGCUUUGAUUGCACCACUUGCCCAGAGAAUGAGAUCACCAAUGACACAGACAUGGAGCAGUGUGUGAAGUGUGAGGAUCAAUACUAUGCCAACAUUCACCAAAAUCAAUGCCUUCCAGAAGUUAUGACUUUCCUGGGUUAUGAAGACCUCUUGGGGAAAACUUUAGCUCGCUCAGCCCUGAGUCUCACUGUCCUCACAGCUGCUGUUCUUGGGCUCUUUGUGAAGCACAGAGACACUCCCAUUGUCAAGGCCAACAACAGGGCUCUCAGCUACACCCUGCUCAUCUCCCUCACCUUCUGUUUCCUCUGCUCCUUGCUCUUCAUUGGCCGGCCCAACACAGCCACCUGCAUCCGGCAGACCACAUUUGGAGUUGUGUUCACUGUGGCUGUUUCCACCAUCCUGGCCAAAACGAUCACCGUGGUGCUGGCCUUUAAGGUCACCGCUCCAGGCAGGAGGAUGAGGCAGUGGCUGGUGUCAGGGGCACCUAACUCCAGCAUCCCCAUCUGCUCCCUGAUCCAACUCACUCUCUGUGGAAUCUGGAUGGGGACGAAUCCACCCUUCGUAGACACAGAUGCACACUCGGAACAUGGCCACAUCAUCAUCGUGUGCAACAAGGGCUCCCUCUGGCCUUUCAUGGCCACAUCAUCAUCGUGUGCAACAAGGGCUCCCUCACACUAUUUCCUGGCCAGGAACCUGCCUGACACCUUCAAUGAAGCCAAGUUCCUGACCUUCAGUAUGCUGGUGUUCUGCAGUGUGUGGGUCACCUUCCUCCCCGUGUACCACAGCACCAAGGGGAAGGUCACGGUGGCCAUGGAGGUCUUCUCCAUCUUGGCCUCCAGUGCGGGGCUGCUGGGCUGCAUCUUUGCACCCAAGUGCUAUGUUAUUUUGUUGAAGCCAGAGAAAAAUGUUCUGUGUGAAUUCAGGUACAGAGCACAUUCUGGGAGAAAAAGAAUUUAA